AUGGCACAGUCGAAUGUAAGCUUGCACAACAACUACAGUGAAACUUCCACUUUAAUAACCACCAUUCAAGAAGAACCUAAUCAUCGGACAUAUUUGAUAUCUCGCACACGGUGUAAAGAAAAAGUGGUUCUUUUGAUCCUGGUGUUUACUGCGCCCGCUAACUUUAACAGAAGAACAAUUAUUCGGAAAACCUGGGCAACUGAUCCAUCAGUCAAAGUACGAUGGAGGAGCGUCUUUCUACUUGGCCAUGUUGCGGGCAACUAUAUUUUAAAUACAAAACUUGAAGCCGAAGGAAUGAUGUACGGGGAUCUGAUUCGAGGAUCUUAUAACGAGCAUUAUAAGAAUCUCACUUUCAAGACACAAAUGGGGUUAGAAUGGGCUGCAAAAUACUGCGCCGAUUUUCAAUUUCUCCUCAAGGCAGAUGACGACGUCUUUAUCAAUCCCUAUGCUCUAAUAGAUCACCUAAGAAUACCCGAUACACCGAAAACGAACCUCUACACUGGACGUUGUCGUUUUAGCUCUGGGGUAGCUCGCGGUGGAAAGAAUGGAGUCACUUGGGAAGAGUACAACAAGACCAGAUAUCCUCCAUUUUGCACUGGACCGGCGUAUGUGUUAUCUUCAGAUGUGGUUUAUCAGUUGGUGGAAAUGUUCGAUGUAAAAAAGCCUUUUAAAAACGAAGACGUCUAUAUAGGAAUGUUGGUGGAGAAAAUAGGGGGAGUACGAGUCAUGGGUCAUCGAGGGUUUCGUUACGGGCAAUGCAAGCACAUUCCAGGUACCUUUUCCCUUCAUAGAGCACCAACAAUAGAGUGCGUCGAGGAACUGUUUCAAGAAGCAAUGUCAGAAAGAAAAGAAUACGAACUAGCACAACUACGGAGUGCGAGAAUACUGUCCUACAAUGGUACUAACACUAGCCGAGUGUAAAUGUCUUUGCUACAAUAGUCUGUGAGGUAAUAGUUUGUGAGAAGGACGCUUCAUGGUCAGUGUCAUAGGGUUUGCUCAGGUUAAAGCCAUAUUCACAAACACAGCCUGGAACUCAUGGAUUUUCGGGAACAUUGUAAAAAACACAUAAAUCUAUCGCUCUAUAGCUACAAUUCAGCCGCAUUUCGCCAAAAAAGGGGAUACAAAAAAACGUUUCAAUGUGAAAGUAACGGUGUUGGCUAGUGUAACUAAAAGAUGUUACUCGGGCUAUAACUGAGUUUCAAUUAAACUUUUAUAGAGAAUAAAAUUACUUGAGUCCAAUGACAUUAUAGUGAAAUUAAAACCAGAGAAAGGGUUCAGACCCUCAAAAAGGGGCUGCCCUCAAUAAUAUGGUCUACGUUUGGACCGAUGAGGCAAAACAUUCCUCCGUAUGCUGGAUGUUUGUUACGUGAACCUAGUUUAGACUCUUGUAGCUCAGUGGUAGAGCAUCUGCCGAUUGUGGACAAUUAACCAGAAGGUCAAAGGUUAGACUCCGAAUGAGAGAACUCGGAUUUUUCCCUUGCAGCCGCCUGAGUCACUGACUAAAACAAACACCUUUGUCAUGUAUUAACCAAGCUUAAAAUUCCCAUCACACAACGCAUAAGCACAUUUCGACAUUCAAGUCGUAGCAGUAUGUAGGAUCUUUGUCACGUGAAACUGGUUUAGAGGCCUUAGUUCCCACGAGUCUCCUGUAGCUCAGUGGUAGAGCAUCUGGACUAGUAAGCAAAAUGUCAAAGGUCCAACUCCUGUUGAGACAACUGGGGUUUUUCCUUGUAGCCACCUGAGUCACCGACUGAAACAAACAUCUUUGUCUAGUAUUCUCCUUGGCUUAAAAUUCACCAUCACAUUUCUGUCGUUACGCAUAAGCACAUUCCAGUGGUAGCAGUAUGUAGGAUUUUUUCCCACGUGAACCUGGUUUAGAGGCCUUACCUCCCACGAGUCUCCUGUGGCUCAGUGGUACAGCAUCUGGACUAGUAAGCAAAAUGUCACAGGUUCGACCCCUGUUGAGACUAGGCGGGCUUUUCCCUUGUACCCGCCUAAGUCACUGACUAAAACAAAGAUCUGAGGCUUAAAAUGACCAUCACAUUUCUACCAGUGCACAUAAGCACAUAUCGAUAUUCAAGUCGUAACAGUAUGCAGGAUGUUUGUCACAUGAACCUGGUUUAGCGGCCUUAGCUCCCAAGAGUCUCCUGUAGCUCAGUGGCAGAGCAUCUGGACUAGUAAUCAGGUCAGAGGUUCGACUCUUGUCGGGAGUACUCUGAUUUUUUCUUCCAAGCCGCCUGUGUUACUGACUAAAACAAACAUCUUUUUCAUGUAUUCACCAGCCUUAACAUUUCCCCAUUACAAUUAUAUAAAUUAAUUUACAGUGUUCAAGACGCGGGCUUGUUAAGCUGAUAAGGUACACCACUUUCUGCCAUUCGGAUUCAAGUUUUGAAUACUUUAUUAGCCUGUUUUGCGUUGUGGAGCAGUUAAGUGGACUUAACUUUCAAACAGAAAGCUAAAGCGCUAUUAAGCAGACACCCUGUAUUAAGUAGACUCAAGAACUUUAGAAGUCCCAGACGUAUUGACGCAUCUUUUUUUCUAUAAGCGAAAUCCAUCACGGGAAACACUGUAUUAUUAAAGCGGGCACAUGAGCUUUAGCACGUCCUUGACUCAUCGACGCAAGGCGACCUUUUUUUAGGAUGCGGCAAUCAUUUCGUGUGUGGUUUGCCAUGUCCUCGCCUAACUUUUUAACGUCUGAGCUAAGGGAAGCAUGCUUCCAAACACUGUUGUUUUGAACAUCAAACUGAUGACCCAUUAAUAGAAUAACUUUAGGUCAGUUAGUAAACUCACUUAUUAAGUGCUUGUAGUGGAUCCAGGGAUUUCAAGGGUCUUGCGAUAGUGCAACGUCUGGUAUAUAACACAGCGCACGAUUUUACACCCUCUCAGUUUUGUUUGGUAGCUGUAGAGAAAAAGUAGAGUGCCACACGGGACAGCAGUACUCGAGGACAGACCCAAUAAGCGCGAAGUGGAUUCCCAGCUGUGUAGAACGUGGUACGCAGCUGCGUUUCAGGGCAAGCGUCGAGUAACUGUUUCAAGAAGCAAUGUCAGAGAGAAAGGAAUACGAACUAGCACAACUAGGGAGUGCGAGAAUGCUAUCCUAUAAUGUUACUAACACUAGCCAAGUGAAUGAACAUAAUCAAAUUUCUUAAGUAGAGUUUCUUUCCAUUUGCUUCACGAAGGCUUGGCUGUUUAGGGUGGUUAUAAAUGAAGGAUAGACAACCUUCAUUUAUAACCUCUUUGGGUGGUUGUCAAAUUAGAGAACAAUGACUUGCACUGAGAUAUAGUAAAACAGUGAUGGUUUGUUGAGAAGAGAAGCUUGGAGCGCAACUGGAAACACUAAGGGAUCAAAGUCGUCAUCAUCAUCUCUUGGCCGAUAGGGCAAAAUAUUCCACCGUUUCUAUUGAGGUAUAAUUAUUCGUCUAACGUCAAGGGAAAGAAAAAAUAAUCACGGUUCAGUAGUGUGUGUAAAUCAGGCGACUGUAUUCUUAAUUAAGCUCUACCUUCCGACAUCCGCACGAGCUACGCGCGGGUAACACAGAUGGAAGGUUACCAGAAUUAAUAUAAUGAUCACCAAAGGGAAAAUAGUUCCAAUUUUUUAUUAAAUUCUCCCAACUAAUUCUUUGAAAAACUGUGCGCGGAUCAGUCGUGAGAAUUUGUAAAACCAUAUUAUGGAUUAAAGAGAUAAAGAACAGUUGCGAAAAAAGCUUGGCAAAAAUUCAGCAGCUUUAAUUAAUACUAAAAACUAUCGUUAACACAAAAUUGAAUUGAUGCUUAUUAAUGACGGAUUCAAUAAACAUACGAGUACCUUGUUUAGUGUGCAAAACAAGACACUAUACAGCAUUAUUAAUUUUAAUCUCUUUUUUCAGGUUUUUUUUAGCAAGUGCACAACGCGCAAACAACAGAAAAUAAAGAGUGUGUGAUUAAAAACGUUCUGGUAAACACUGGACAAAAAUCAUAAUGAACGACUUUACAUUUGUUUCUCCGAUUACUGAAAUGAAAUCAUAACUGUCAAAAUUCCAUAUAAGCCUUGCUUAGUUGCUAUGGCCUUGACAGGUGAAUGGGAUAAAUGUUUACCAGGAUUGAAUUAAGUGUAUAAAAGACGGAAAGCACCCAAAUUAACUUAAAAUUGUUCAGUAUUGCCACAACAUGCUGCGGAAAACAACCAAAACUUCAACGAUAAUUCCCGGUUGAAAAAAACAGUAUCAACUAAUUUUCAAAAAUUAGUUCCUACAAACACAAACACCUACCAUUCACAAAAUUUAACUCACGUCCAAAUUAACUAAAAAAGGGGAACCGUAAGUGUAGGUCCAUAAGAAGGGCUCAGCCUAGUCCCCUAGCAUUCUUGUUUCGGUCCAGCCUGGACAUCAAUCUCGUCAGGCAAAAAGACACUGGGGAAGAGGUUGACCUGGACCCCUCUGUGAGCCGCGAUGUCACCAAGAGAGACUUAAGCCCUAUUCACACCAGCAACUGAAAACAUGUUUCUUUAAACCAGGUUAAACAAGGUGGAAAUGAGUCGCGGAAACCGAACAUAGAGGGCAUAGAAGUGCUUUCUCCAGUUGACAAGAUUAAAAUGUGUAGUUCGAAAAAAUAUCUACCUCCGUCGCCCCCCACACGGAGGUCAGUCUUGCUUCAGGGCCCCCACCCCCCCUGGAAUUUUCAUUCCAGGGGGUGCUUUUCAUACCCCCCAUCCCCUGGGAUUUCCGUAAUUUUUCAACUUGAUUACACCCCCAGGAGAGUUGUUACAUUAUAUUGUUGUGCGAAAGUCAAUUAAUUUUUCUGCCAUAAAAUGAGACAAAAUAUUUUCAUUCAUGUUAAUACGGUGUCUAAUAAUCGCAAGGACGUUCUUAGCUAGCUUUACAUACUGAUCGCUUGGUAUCUUACGUCACAUUUCUUAGUGUUGCGUUUGUUAUCGAAUAUAUGCCCGUAUGACUUACAAAGACGAACCUCACAACUACGAUUACUUUAGCCUAGGAAAAGGAUUCGUUGGUAUUUGUUAAUGUUUAUAACGGAGCACCAUGGGUAAGAAAAUGUGGUAAUCUACCCAUCCGAGAAAAUUUGGUAAUCACGUGACCGUACGCUCGACUGUCCGUCCGCACCACAGGCAUACCAAUGUAAAAUAACUCAAUCAACAGGUAUGGCAACCCAAAUGCAACUCGAGGUUAUUUGGGCGGGAAAUCGCAUAGCCAGCCGCUUCUUGUAAAGCAGAGGCAGCUAAAGAGUCAAUAGAGAAGAAACCGGAAAGCGGAAAAUGUUUCUGUAUCCAUGUUUUUUUAAGUAUUACGCUUAGAUUAAUUGUCAUGUCCACAAAUUUGGAAUAUAGAGCAAGAGAAAGACAGAGAGUCGAAGUCGCGCAAAACAUAGUUAAUUGAGUGGAAUGGUUAUGAAACCCGUCAGACUCCUUUGUUAUAUGUUUUUGUGGACCUGAAAGUGCACAACGUUCAAAAGAAUUCCUAUCAUUUUGAUUGUAUUGACCAAUAAAAACGUUGCAUUAAUUUAUUCCAUAACAAUUUGCCAACACAAAACAAAGGAUUGUGCACUUUCACGGUACUUCCAACAUAAACUGCAGCAUUGUUGUUCUUAUCAUUGAUGUUUGCCGCUUUUCAUAACCAGUCUCUUCUAAUAACUAUGUGCAAAACAACAGCAAAGAAAUGUACAAAAAAAGUGUGCUGCACGUGCAAAGUUGCUUUUUUGCUAAUUAGACCUACUGUUGUUUUUUCACCGUUCUCCGGCGUUGCCUUCGCCGCUUAGCAUUACACGAAUUUAUAUUUUGUUUGAACAAACUAUAAAUAUUAUCGAGAGCUUCGCUUUUAGCCCCGCCUAAAUCUAUAUAUUACAGGAAAAGAAUGGAAUAAAGCGAUUCAUAAUGGCCCGACUUUGCCUCUCGUCCUGACAUAGUACUGUCACGCGAGUCAAAACUCAAAGAUGGCGGCUGAAGUCUUUCCGCGAAUGACUUCAUAAAUUAAAAAUUCGAGGUGGCGCCCAGACUUAUUAUAGCGUAUAUAGUUUGCUCGUUUCUAUUGUACCAUGACAACCCUCUAAGGUUAUGUUGACAUCUGAGCAAAAUGUAUGAUCCAAUAGCAUCAAUUAAACUCGACAGAACGUAAAACAAAAACGGUCAUUGAUUUUUUUUUCCUGCAUAAAAACACACUCUGUGUCGUUACCACAAAUUGAAUUGCAAGGAUACAGUCGCAUAAAUCAAGAUCCAUUAAUCCUCCUGUUGUUUUGUUUUUGCUAACUGACAAUUGUAGGUUACGUCGUGAGCGUUGAUAUUCUGGCGACGUGUUUUAAGUUGGCUGAACACAGUUUUGGCAGUUUGUGAGUAUAUGUCAUUUGCCAAAUCAUGGCAAGAGAAAGGUUGCAGCUCACAAGCUGAAACUUGGCAAGUGAAAAAUAUACUGAUGAAAGAUUCUGAUUGACAGGUAAAAUAUGACGUUUUCAUAGUUUCCAUGGCAACAUGAACAAUUGAAUACAACCUUAAUUUUUCACUUUUGCUCAAUUUACAUAAAAUUCGCUCAUUAGAUUUUCCUAUAAACGUGCACACAGCUUCCUAUAAUUAAUCAUUACCAUUUAAAACUUAUUUGACCAAUUUUUAACAGACAGGUUUUUAGAUAAUCAGUGCUAUAAUUGUACAGUAAUUAUUAAAUGCGUCACCAAAUUCGUCUGUUCAACUUCCAUUUUAAAGUUCCCAUUAUUCAAAAUACGAUAAAAGUAACAAUUCUGCCAAAUAUCACAAAAUUUUGAUGAGUACAUUUUGAGAAAUCGUCGUCUGUGUACCAUUGCUUUUUUCGCCGCCAUGUUUGUUUUAAAACACGCGCAGUCACGCGAGUCACCGCUGACCGCCCGCAAAACUGUAUUCAGCCACCUUAAACUGUUUACAGCACACCGCGCGAGCUAAUCUAAAUACAAGUACAACAGUGCAAGUGCGAUUAAAUUACUCAGGAGGUAUCCUUUGCAUCUAAACAGAAUGAAAUCUUCCAGCAGUUCAGUAACAAAAUCACACCUUUUCUUCGCCUUAAGGAUAGGAACCAUAGUGACAGUGUCGAUUACUAUCUACGUUUCUUACAUUUUCACCACUCAUUCAAAAGGUUUUUUCCAUAUAACUCGCAUUAGCAUGGGACAACAAAACAUGACUGAAGAUACCAGCGACAACGAAACAUCCACUUUUAUAACGACAAUUCCAGAAGAACUUCCUCAUCGUACAUAUUUGAUAUCUCGCACACGCUGCAAAGGAAAAGUGUUUCUUUUGAUUUUGGUGUUUUCAGCGCCCGCUAACUUUGACAAAAGAACAAUUAUUCGGAAAACCUGGGCAACUGAUCCAUCACUCAAAAUACGGUGGAGGAGCGUCUUUCCUCUCGGUCAAGCUGCGGGCGACAAUAUUCUAAAUAUAAAACUUGAAGCCGAAGGAAAGAUGUACGGGGAUCUGAUUCGAGGAUCUUAUAACGAGCAUUAUCAGAAUCUCACUUUCAAGACACAAAUGGGGUUAGAAUGGGCUGCAAAAUACUGCGCCGAUUUUCAAUUUCUCCUCAAGGCAGAUGACGACGUCUUUAUCAAUCCCUAUGCUCUGAUAGAUCACCUAAGAAUACCCGAUACACCGAAAACGAAUCUCUACACUGGAAGUUGUCGUUUUGGCUCUGGGGUAUUUCGCGCUGGAAAAAAUGGAGUGACUUGGAAAGAGUACAACAAGACCACAUAUCCCCCAUUCUGCAGUGGACCGGCGUAUGUGUUAUCUUCAGAUGUGGUUUAUAAGUUGGUGGAAAUGUUCGAUGUAAAAAAGCCUUUUAAAAACGAAGACGUCUAUAUAGGAAUGUUGGUGGAGAAAAUAGGGGGAGUACGAGUCAUGGUUCAUCGAGGGUUUCGUUACGGGCAAUGCAAGCACAUUCCAGGUACCUUUUCCCUUCACAGAGCGCCAACAAUAGGGUGCGUCGAAGAACUGUUUCAAGAAGCAAUGACAGAAAGAAAAGAAUACGAACUAGCACAACUACAGAGUGCAAGAAUGCUAUCCUACAAUGUUAAUAACACUAGCCAAGUGAAUGAACAGAAUCAAAUUUCUUAAGUAGAGUUUCUUUCCAUUUGCUUCACGAAGGCUUGGCUGUUUGGGGUGGGUAUAAAUGAAGAAUAGGCAACCUUCAUUUAUAACCUCUUUGGGUGGUUGUCAAAUUAGAGAACAAUGACUUGCACUGAGAUAUAGUAAAACAGUGAUGGUUUGUUGAGAAGAGAAGCUUGGAGCGCAACUGGAAACACCAAGGGAUCAAACUCGUCAUCAUCAUCUCUUGGCCGAUAAGGCAAAAUAUUCCACCGUUUCUACUGAGGUAUAAUUAUUCGUCUAACGUCAAGGGAAAGAAAAAAUAAUCAAUUCAGUAGUGUGUGUAAAUCAGGCGACUGUAUUCAUAAGCUCUACUUUCCGACAUCCGCCCGAGCUACGCGCAGGAAACACAGCUGGAAGGUUACCAGAAUUAAUAUAAUGAUCACCAAAGGGAAAAUAGUUACAAUUUUUUAUUAAAUUGUCCUAACUAAUUCUUUGAAAAACUGUGCGGGGAUCAGUCGUGACAAUUUGUAAAAGCAUAUAAUCGAUUAAAGAGAUAAAGAACAGUUGCGAAAAAAGCUUGGCUAAAAUUCAGCAGCUUUAAUUAAUAUUAAAAACUAUCGUUAACACAAAAUUGAAUUGAUACUUAUUAAUGACGAGUUCAAUAAACAUACGAGUACCUUGUUUAGCGUGCAAAACAAGACACUAUACAGCAUUAUUAAUUUUAAUCUCUUUUUUCAGGUUUUUUUUAGCAAGUGCACAACGCGCAAACAACAGAAAAUAAAGAGUGUGUGAUUAAAAACGUUCUGGUAAACACCGGACAAAAAUCAUAAUGAACGACUUUACAUUUGUUUCUCCGAUUACUGAAAUGAAACCAUAACUGUCAUGAAUUCCAUAUAAGCCUUGCUUAGUUGCUAUAGCCUUGACAGCUGAAUGGGAUAAAUGUUUACCAGGAAUGAAUUAAGUGUAUAAAAGACAGCAAGCACACUUAUGAACAGAAAUAUAAUGUAAAUCGUGUCAAUCGGUGCUGCCAAGUACUAAAAGUCGCAGUAAUAAAACUUUUCGAACCGUUUGAAGUUCGGAUAGUGUGUUUUUUCGGGCGGGACGAAAAUAAAUUGCGAUCCUUUCUUCAAAUUCGUGGCAUAAAUUAGACGCAAAGUUGAACGAGUCCAAGCAACAAAAAACGGACAUAUUUUCAGUCGAUUUGGGCCUGGAUAUAGCUUUAUUCUAUUGAAACAGAGGAAGCAAUGGAGGAAAGAUGAAACCAAAGAAACUGAAACUGUUAAUUCCAGGGUUCGUACCCUCUUUUAACAAAACAUUCAAGGACAUUUAAAGGACUUUCAAGGACACAUUUCGCAUUUUUCUAGGACUACAUUCAGUGCAAAAAAGAGCCUUGAGUCUAUGUCUUUUUUUAGUUCUUCCACAUCAGGAGAAUUUUAUCCCGAAGGUCUUUCUGUUUGCUCCUUUUUCUUUGCAGUUCUCAUUAAUCUACUAAGGUAGCAUGGCAAUUUUCAUGGACUUUCAAGGCCUUGAAUUUUUAUUUCAAAAUUCAAGGACUUUCAAGGAUUUUUAAAGUGCGUAAGAACCCUGCAUUUUGAAUCCGUGAAAGGUUCCGGCAAUUCUACUUUUUUACAAAAAGAUCAACUCUGCUACUUGAAAAGAGCACAAAAAUUAACUUUCUGCAUUCAUUUUUCAUAGAACAAAAUGCAAAAUUGUUACCCUUUUUGUUAAUGCUAGUCGAUUAGGUGAAAAGUUAAAAAAAGGUACCUUUUUAGAAAUAAAAGGCGGGUAUUUUAAGCUUUCGAGUGAAAAUAUUUUGACGUCAAUAUUGUCAACUUUUCAUCCAUUUCUCACUUUACCAAACGAUGAUUUAAAGCGCGAAAAAGGUACCUUUUUGUCGCCUUCAAGCGAUCUCAUCAAAGGCACAAAAAGGUACCUUUUUUGCAGUUGAAAGCGAUGCUCUCAAAAGCGCGAAAAAGGUACCUUUUUGUCGCCUUCAAGCGAUCUCAUCAAAGGCACAAAAAGGUACCUUUUUUGCAGUUGGAAGUGAUGUUGUUAAAAAGUGCGAAAAAGGUACCUUUUUGAAAAUAUAAAAUAGUGUUUUCAAGCUUUUGGGAAGCCAUUAAAAAUCCUACUGAUUGACAUAUGUCAUCCGUUGGCACCUCUUGAGCUUCAAUGAACAAUGCACAGACUUAUUUUUAGGGGAUUCUAGGUGAUCCUGUUAAAAUUGAAAUGAUCUACAAGGGGAAUCAGCGGAGCAAGAAAUUUUAGUUCGCUUCAAAAGCGAGAAACUAGAAGAAAUCCGAAAAUACUAGCCACCAGCCAAAUGGAUACUAGAUCAGGGUUGUCACUAAGGGCCGGGGGCCGGGGAUUUCCCCCGGCUACUCAGAGCAUGGCCCCCGGCUACUUUCGUCGUUAAAUUAAACCAAAACAGCACACCUUUGAAACACACAAAGACUAUCCAUCAAACUAAAUGCGAGUUUCAUCUGCAGCAGGUUUGAGUAAUUCUGAAAUACUCGCGUGCAAAAACUAAGAAACGUCGGAAAAAGACAUCUGACUUAGAUUUGGUACUAGUACACACGCGCGAAAACUCUCCGUUCGCGAAAUGUCAAUAGGGAGUUUUAGCAACGACGACGGCGACAGCAACGAGAACGUCAAAAAAGCAAUAGGUUUAUUGAGCAAAACAACUAGUUUGCACGUGCAUCACGCUUUUUUGUACAUUUCUUUGCCGACUUUACUGCACGACUACGACGUGAAAAUGCCUAGUUUCACGUUUUAUGGAGGACGUAAAACAAGCGACGACAAACUUUUCUUUCUAUUUCUAAACUUGAGUGCGCCCAAAGAAAUCAACUCCAGGGAAAUUGGCCUACAUUAGCUAUUUUCAGCGAAUUGAAAUAAACGCGACAAAGUUGGAAAAAACGCCAAUUCAUUUUUAAAAGUGACGUUUUCGCUGCCGUCACCUUUGUCGAUUCUAAAAGUCCCUAGUUUCAACCGUUGUGUAGGGUUUGUGUUGAACAUGUCGAAGAAGUGGCAAAGGAUUCUGCACUCUUUGUUCACGAUGAAAGACCUGAGCAGAUCUCUGUUGACAUCACAAGUUGAGGCAUCAUCCGAGGGUUAAAUCUCCCUGAUGCUGAUGUUGAUGAUAAUUAGGAUUAUGAUGAAGGCUUUGAAGAUGAAGACUAUGACCGAUUGCUAUGUUUAAUAUGUGGACAUUUAAGUGACCAGGUCUACAUUUAGCUUUAGGUAUCGAGUAUAUAAAAUAACGCACGGUCAACGGGAAAUAUUCGAUCAUUGUCCACAGGCCAUGAUCACUCGCUCUUAGUUCUACUUCCAAGAAGUUAUAUAUAAAAGGGAAGUUAAGUAUUAGCAUUACUUUUACAUUCUUCUCCUUGAGUCUCGUUUUGACAUCUCAGCGUCGUUUAUAAAGUAUUAGCCCUGUCGUUUAAACGCUUUUCCGUAGGUCAGUUUCUUCGUAUGUUAAGUGAUGUUUCGUUCAUAAAUUCGAGACCACUAAUGUCACCAGUUGUGCAGUUUAGUUUUGCCAUAUUUUAUCCCGCGAUUUUUCGCGCGUUACGCUUGUUUUAGCCUUAUCAUACUUUUAUUUUUCAACAAGCCGUAGUAACCUUAUGUUUAUGAUGCUUUUUCGUACAUUCAUCGUCCGCUUUUCUUCUUUCCGCUUCUGCGUGGGUUAAUUCAUUUGCAAUAUUAGUUUCACUUUUGUUUUCCGUAAGUUGUUUCGUUCUUACGUAUAACUAAAAUAAUGAGGAUUUACAAUUGAUUUUACAGCGCAUGUUAAUUCAUUUGCACCGUAUAAGAAUCGAUUGUCCUUUCAACUUUUUUAGCAUUUGUAAAGUAUCGUUGUGAUUUAACACUUCACUGCCUGGCCAGCAUGCGCCUUGUCUGCGUGAAGAUAACACUGCGCAGAUAACGUAACCGGUGCCAACCUGUCCUUUUUUUUUAGGCCUGGUGCUUACAUGUAUAUUCCCAUUUGGCGGCCACUAAAAAAACCCUCCAACGAGCCUUUACGUAAAGUAAUUUAACUAUUAUUUUAGUGUCUCAGAAUGCUGUAAUUUUCUUUAAUAAAGACGUGAUCAUCAUAAAACCGCUAAUGAUAGCUGUACUCUUGAUGAAGAUUGCUUUUUUGGGCCGGUAAUGCCUUUUCGAAAACGGUAAAAGCUGCACUUCAAAACCUUCUUGGGGGAGGGGGUGGGAAGGGGCUCCAUGACUGCUUGCGACUUCCCCGGCUACUAACAACCAAUACCCGGCAACUUGAAAUCUUAGUGACAACCCUGAACUAGAUGCAAGAAGAGAAGCUCAGCAAGCGCAACUUUAAGCGUGGAGCAAAUACUUUAACCUGAAAGAAGUCCUACAUGUAAAGCAAAGGUGUUCAUUUUCCUUUAAGUCUAAACUAAGCGGGUUCCGAGCGGGUCAUUUUAAUAUAACUGCAUGUCUUGUUUCCUGGGUGAUGUUUUUCACUCCAGAAAGAUUAUUCAAUUAGAGACUUCAGUCUUGGGGUUGUUUUUGUUUCAUAUGAUAUAAAUUAUAUAAAUACUUUAACUUCAGGUGCUUUUUGAGCUACAGGCCGAAGUAAAGCCAUUAACAGUAAAAAUGCCACCAUACCUCUGA